CUAGGGGCUGCGAGAGUUUGAAAAAAUCACAAUAAAACAAAAACCGCGAUUGAACAUUUGUGUAAAAAGCUGAAAGUGAAAAUUUGUAAUCGCGUGUCUCAGAAUCGAUUGUGCAAUAUAAUGGCUUUUGUUUCAAGUGCAUUUAUAUUCCUCACGUGGUGUGCCGUGUGCUUUGCCGCCGAUCAGGAGUUGGAGCUGCCACCAGUUGAGUUUAAGCCGGUCAAGUCGUUACCUGCCGAUAUACCGACGUGCAGUGAGAACGAUCUCAACAUCAAUGAUUGCAUCAAGCAGGCCUUCCAAAAGCUAACGCCACGCAUGAAGUAUGGCAUCAGUGAGCUGAACAUACCGCCAAUGGAUCCUUUUGAGCUGGGCAAGAGCUCCUAUAACUAUAACUCAGGGCUGCUGCAAGGUCGCAUUGCCAUGCGAAAUGUUGUUGUGCAUGGCCUCAGCGAUGGAAUCGUCGACAAGGUGGACUUUCGGCUCAGAAACGGCAGCGUCCGCUUGGAUGUGGUCUCACAUGUCCCCCACAUGUAUGUUGAGGGCAAUUACAAGGCAGACAUCAAACUGAAUAACUUGAAUCUGACACCCAAGGGUAGCUUCAACGUUACGCUGACCGAUGUGCGCAUGCGUGCACGUCCCACGGGCGAGCUUUAUGAGCGGGAUGGUCACACGUAUCUGCGUCUGACCAAAAUUGAGACUGAGCCCAGGGUUGGAGAUAUGCGCAUCAAUGCUAGUGGUCUGGUUCCCGAUCCAGCGCUAAAUGACGUAAUCUUGGACUUUAUCAACCAAUACUGGCGUCAGCUGUAUCAGGCAAUGUUGCCCGAAACUUUGGCCGCCUGGCAGCCGCUUAUGCUGAAAUCGGCAAAUGAUUUCUUUGGCGCACUGCCCUUCGAUUUGAUUCUGACAAAUUCAGUUGAGGAUAUCGGGAAAAUGCAUUGCACAAUGGAAAAAUGUUGGCUGCUGGCAUUAAUGGCUACUCUGGCGAUUGCAGCGCCCGCCAACAAAUACUUCACAGCCAAGGACGUGCCGAAAUGUGCGGAAGAUGAUGAUCUCGUUGGGGAAUGCAUCAAGAACAUUAUUAACGCAAUGACUCCACGUCUCAAGGAUGGCAAUCCCGAACUAAAGCAGCUGCCCUACGAGCCCUUCGUUCUCAACCGCACAACAUUCCAGUACAGCAAUGGCCCGGUCAAUGGUCGCAUUACGGUGCGCAAUGCUAAGAUCCACGGCUUUGCCAACAACAAGGUCAAGGAUGUGGACUUGAAGGUCGAUGGUGAUAAGAUCAAAGUACGCCUGGUUUCCUUUUUACCCAAAAUAAACAUUGUCGGCAGCUAUAAGGCUGACAUGCAAGUUAAUUCGCUGCAUCUGAAGCCUAAGGGCGAUUUCAACUUGACGCUCUCUGAUGUGGAAACUACGACUGUAACAGAGGGAGAGAUUUACAAAAAGGACGGCUUGAGAUUUUUACGUCUAACUGACAUCGAUACAAAUCCCAAAAUACGCGACUUGACCAUCAAGGCAAAUGGUAUAUUUGCAGAUCCAGAAUUGGAUGAGAUUGCCAAUACCGUUGCGAAUCAAUAUUGGCGCGAUAUUUAUGGCAUUAUGCUACCCGAGACCCGUCAAUAUUGGCAGCCUCUAAUGCUGCGCAUGCUGAACGACGCCUUGGAGUAUGUCCCCAUUGAUCAGUUCAUUAAGGAGUCGGAUUAGUUAUUAGCUUAUAGUUUUUAUAUAACAUGUGAUUUCUUAAUUAUUGCCUACAGCUGUUAAAUAUAUGUAUAUGUGUUUUUAAAAACA